CAUUAGUUGUACACUUACAAACUUUCACUUCCCUGUUUUCACAGGUCUCAUUUAAGACGUUAGCUUCCUGAAAGAAAUACCUUGAUAAAAUGAUGUCGUUACAUAAGGAUGUCAUAAGUGAUGCAUGUAGUAAAAGGGUGAUGACCAUGCCCCAGCUCUUCUUUGGAAAAUGUGAAUCUAACGUCAUCUAAAACUAGAAUCAGGUUAAAGCUAAACCCUUCACUGUGCCACAUGCUCUUGUUAUGAAUGAGGUUUAACCGUUGCCUCACAGUUUAGCAGAAUCGGUUGCCACUUCUGUUUAUUUUAUGCUUGCUGAUGUGUUAGUAAGUCAAAAAAAAUCUAGUUACACUGCGACAGGAAGGACCUUAAGUGCAGCCAGGCGUGUGGCCAGUGAUGAAACCAAGAAAGGGUUGGUUUCCUUUACCCUUGAUGUGUGUGAGAGGGCCCCCGUGUUUUCCAAGGUGGAGCUCUAAGAGCUUGAGCAGUUGGUGUACGAGACCUGCCACAAACCAGUCUUCAUAGCGAGACGCGCUAACGUCUCUGCGCUUGUGUGCACUCCGAUUCAGUUUCAUUGUCAGGUGUCAGGUUUUUCUUUUGUCACAGAUAUAGUUUAUCGAUAAAAAAAAGCCAUGGAGGCAUGGCAUCUAGUUGUUUGGCUAAUGAUUGGAUCUCCGGUUCUUGUGCAUGGGGAAGUCAAGUACCUCAGCCAAAAAGGCAACGACUCCGUUGCGCUGGCGUGCUCAUCUCCAGAGAGCAAUCCUUACGGGGUCUAUCUGAGACGCAAGUGGCUGCAGCCCGACGCAGAGGUUCUGUUCAUCCACAAAGACGCGCAGCCCAAGUUUAGGAGCAGAACCGACCAGAACCGCAUUCAGGUUGUUGAAAACCUGGGCUCCGGUCAGCUGGAUGUGACCAUCUCUCACCUGCAGGGUUCAGACACGGACCUCUACGUCUGUGAGUUUAUGUUUGAAAGCAUCCCCACUGACCGCAAAGAACCUGGCCGAGACCAGUUCCUCCUCUAUGUUGCGGAUCAUGUUGAAACCCCCUGCAACUGUUCCGAUUAUCGAACUCUACUGUACAUCAUAUCUGGAGCUGUUGGCCUUCUGCUUCUCAUCAUCGUAGGCCUGACAGUGACAUCUUGUUCUACACAGAGCAAGGUGCGCAACGGCAGCAAACCACAGCCUGCUGUUCCCAUUUACGAGGAGAUGACAGGCCUGAAGUCAGGAAACCACAAACCUCUCGGUGACCUGGGUCGUUUCGGGGAGAGCGAGCACCUCCAUAAUGAGAACCCCUACUCCACCCCUUGAGGGCCCCUGGUUCUGCCCUACUGAGGCCUCCUGAAGAAUCUGCAUCCACCUGAACUCCUCAUCCAGGACAUACAUAUUCAUAGCCGCACGAUCAUUUUCUGACAACAACUUUUUAUUCGCCAGAAAAAGACCAAAGGCCUGCAACAGAAACGGCAGCAGUGCCUAACCAUUUUCUCAGCGUUACAUCAUAUCUACAAGAAUCUUUAUUUCCCCAAAGUUGAGCAUCAUUUUGUUGCUGUGUUGCUUGAUAACACAGAAAGUGUGUUAUAGGGUAAUGUUUUUGUGAUGAAGAUGUGUUAAAGAGUAUUGUUUCUGUUAUGAAGAUGUGUUAUAGAGUAAUGUUUUUGUUAUGAAGAUGAGUUAUAGAGUAAUGUUUUUGUUAUGAAGAUGUGUUAAAGAGUAUUGUUUCUGUUAUGAAGAUGUGUUAUAGAGUAAUGUUUUUGUUAUGAAGAUGAGUUAUAGAGUAAUGUUUUUGUUAUGAAGAUGUGUUAAAGAGUAUUGUUUCUGUUAUGAAGAUGUGUUAUAGAGUAAUGUUUUUGUUAUGAAGAUGUGGUAAAGAGUAAUGUUUUUGUUAUGAAGAUGUGUUAAAGAGUAAUGUUUCUGUUCUGAAGAUGAGUUAUAGAGUCAUUUUUCUGUUAUGUUCAUUCUUCAGUAUUAUUAUCAGAUUACAAUCAGUAUUUUUUUGUAGUAAUACACAGGAAAAGAUGUUAAAUUCCUUGUGGUAUUGGUUGGGGACUUCCCAUUUCCAUUUAG